AGAAGAGAAGAGAGGCCACCGGUUUGGAGGGAGCUGGGAGGAUGAUGAUAAAGAUGAUGAUGUGGAAGAGAUGGAGAUGAAGCAGACUAUGCAGAUCCGGGGACUCCUGUUGCUGCUGCCGGCACUAUGGGCUCUGCUUCUGCGGGACGGCGCGGCGGUCACAGAGGAGGGAGGUUGCUUUCUUUCAGGAACAAAGGUUACUGGAAUGCCAGUCAAGCUGAAAGUGUCCCAAGGGCAGCCUGUGAAGCUGAACUGCAGCCUCGAAGGAAUGGAAGAGCCAGAGAUGCUGUGGAUGAAGGAUGGAGCUGUGGUGCAGAGUGUAGACCAGGUGUACAUUCCGGUAGAUGAAGAACACUGGAUUGGUUUCCUUAGCUUGAAAUCUGUAGAUCGGACAGACUCUGGAAAGUAUUGGUGCCAAGUUGAGACCAAUGGGAAGAAGGAGGAAUCGCAGCAAGUGUGGCUCGUUGUGGAAGGUGUUCCUUACUUCACUGUUGAACCAGAAGAUCUGUCGGUCAUCCCUAAUACUCCUUUUCAUAUGCACUGUGCUGCAGCUGGCCCACCUGAGCCAGUGACUAUCAUCUGGUGGAUGGGCGAGUCCAGAGUGGGGCUUUCUGACAUCUCACCCUCCACCCUAAAUGUGUCAGGUAUUAAUCAAAGCACAGUUUUCUCCUGCGAAGCCCACAACAUAAAGGGACUGUCUUCAUCUCGGACGGCCACCGUGCAUAUUAAAGCUCUCCCCUCUCCACCUCUCAAUGUGACAGUAACUUGGAUCACUAGCAACAAUGCCAGUAUCACUUGGCUACCAGGAUUUGAUGGGCGUUCUCCACUUCAUUCUUGUACAGUUCAGGUGGCUGAUCCACAAGAAGAAGUGGACGUUUCCACGGAAGUUGUUCCUGCUCCCUCCUGUACUGGGGCUUUGCCUGGUUUAAAGCACUCCACCAAUUAUAGUGUCCGGGUCCAAUGCACUAAUGAAAUGGGCAGCUCCCCUUUUACAGACUGGGUCUAUUUUCAGACCCUGGGACUAGCUCCAAACAAUACUCCACAAAACGUGCACAUUAUCCAAAGAGAUUCUUGCCUGAUUUUGGAAUGGGAAGCAGUGGCUCCAGAAAUGCUUAGGGACAGUACCCUGGGAUACAGGUUGGAGUGGAGCCAAGAUAACAUAACUCAGGGGGAGAUGGUUGUGCAGGAGGCAAGCGCCAACCUGACGAUGUGGAAUCCCUUAAAAGACCUUAUUAUCAGGGUGUGCGUACUCAACUCAGCUGGCUGUGGACCUUGGAGUGAGCCUUUACUGGUUACAGCACAAGAUUUAUUAGGGGGACAGAGACAGCCCCGCUAUGGAACAUCCUGGGUCCCUGUGGUGUUAGGAAUUCUUACUGCACUGGUCACAGCAGUUGCCUUGGCACUAAUCCUCCUACGGAAAAGAAGAAAAGAAACUCGUUUUGGUCAUGCCUUUGACAGCAUGGUGGGAGGGGAUCCAGUAGUCCAUUUCAGAGCAGUGAGAUCUUUCAACAGAGAAGUCCCAGAGCUUAUUGAGGCAACAUUGGACAGUAUAGGAAUCAGUGAUGAACUGAAGACCAAACUGAAGGAUGUCCUGAUCCAGGAGCAGCAGUUUACCCUGGGAAGAAUGCUAGGCAAAGGGGAAUUUGGGUCUGUAAGAGAGGGUCAGCUGAAACUGCCUGAUGGCUCCCUCCAGAAGGUUGCAGUGAAAAUGCUAAAAGCGGACAUCUUCACCUCAAAUGACAUUGAGGAGUUCCUGAAAGAAGCUGCCUGCAUGAAGGAGUUUGACCAUCCACAUGUUACUAAACUGAUUGGCGUCAGCUUGCGCAAUCGGCCUAAAGGGCGACUUCCGAUCCCAAUGGUUAUUCUGCCUUUCAUGAAGCAUGGAGACCUUCACUCUUUUCUAGUGAUGUCCCGGAUUGGAGAAAACCCCUUCGACUUGACUCUUCAGACACUUGUGAAGUUUAUGAUUGAUAUUGCUAGUGGUAUGGAGUAUCUGAGCUCCAAAAACUUCAUUCACAGGGACUUAGCUGCUCGGAACUGCAUGUUAGAUGAAUACAUGAACGUGUGUGUAGCUGAUUUUGGGCUUUCAAAGAAAAUCUAUAGUGGAGACUAUUACCGUCAGGGCUGUGCUUCUAAGCUGCCGGUGAAGUGGCUGGCACUGGAAAGCUUGGCGGACAAUCUCUACACAAUGCACAGUGAUGUGUGGGCGUUUGGUGUGACUAUGUGGGAAAUUGUGACCCGAGGGCAAACUCCUUAUGCAGGCAUUGAGAAUGCAGAAAUUUACAACUACCUCAUCAGUGGGAACAGACUGAAGCAGCCCCCAAGGUGCAUGGAAGAUCUCUACGAUCUUAUGUGCAGAUGCUGGCAUUCGGAACCCAAGCUACGACCUAGCUUCGGAGCACUGAAAUUUCAGCUUGAAAUGAUUUUGGCAAGACUGUCUUUGCUCUCAUCCAGUCAGGAUCCUCUGUAUGUCAACAUCGGGAAACCACAAGAAGCUUGUAGGAAUGAACCCACCAUGAAUUGUCCCUUUGGAACCUUGGACGCUGAAGUGAACAUUGCAGGAGCAUCAGCUGCUGUCACUAGUGACUAUCGUUACAUCAUGAGCCCGUUGUGCCUUGGGAAUGAUGCUGAAAUUGACAGACAUCCGGAUGCAUCUGAUGCAGGGGAGGCGAGGAGCCUUCUUUACGAUUUGGAGAUGGGAGCAAAACAAUGUUAGCCUGAAGAAAAAAGUGACACUUCACGCUCCUCCAAUUAAGAUUUCUGUGUCUUUAUCAUCAUAUGGUACUGCUUUACCAAGACAGUUGUAGGCUGCUUUUAACCAGCAUAGGUAGCUGUAAUCUGGGCUACUUCUGUAACUUCCUGCACCUGUUUGGGUCACUGUGGCUGACAGCCUGAAAUAACCAUGAAUCUUAAUCACCUCUUGGCCUUCUGAGAGUAACUUCCUACAACGGUCAAUGAAAUCCAGUGGGAAUGGUCCCAGUCUGUUAUAGCCAGUAAAUGCCUGUUUGUCCACAGAAUUCUUGCUGAGAAUUGGGGUUGAAUAGGGUGCUAUUCAGCACUCUCUUUUUUUGUAGACCCUCCCACCCCCAGCUCUGGACAAGCAUGGUUGGGACCAGCACAUAUUGGAGAAAAAAUCUGUGAGAUAUUCACAUUGAUUUAUACUGUAUUUCAGGGCGUGAGAAAACAAAGAGCCUAAUUUAGCAGUACUGCCUAGACGUCUUGCCUACCUCAGUGGUUCUCAAACUGGGAUCUGUGAUACUGCUUCUGUAAAAUGAAGAAACAUUGGACUUUUUUCAGAGUGCUCUUUGGUUGCCAGACGCAAGCAUUACUUAAGCAGCUAAGCAACAAAAUUACAGGAUUGGCCCUUCUUUGCUUAAUGUUUGACAUAAAAUUGGUAAUAAUCAGUUGCCUUGAGUGUAAAACUCAGAGGUACCAAAUGCAUCUGAUCAUAACCAAGCUUCAAAUAGAUAUUAAGUGAACGGUGCC